AUGGUGCCGAUCGAGAUACGUAUAUAUAAUGUGUUGUGGGUGCGCGCGGCUCAAACAGUCGACAAACAUCGCAACAUGAACGCGUAUCUCGCGCUGGCCGGCCUGCUCUCGGCGUCCGUACUCGCUUUACCAACACCACAACCACGCGAACGAUUCGGUUACGAAAGAGAAAUUAUAGGCAACCGAUACAAUCAAGUACCAAAACUUCUGGACUAUGUCCUAAACGAGGAAUACGUUAAUUCACAGAAGAACAGACCAAAACUAGUAACUAAACUGAGACCAGAAGACGCUGUCAUUUCAGACAACAUUAUAUUAGAAUCAAAUGUAGUGAAAAUUGUUAAACCCGCAAAGAAAUUGGAAGACGGUCAGCUGGUGAGACAGAGGCGAGGUUAUAAUUUAGAGAAUGUUAUAGUACCAGCCAGAUAUCCUUAUCUGCCUGUGGUGCGAUACAAUCGGUUCCGGCGCUGGGGCUAA